AUAUCAUAACCAUUAUCACAGGUAAGUAAGUUCCUCAGUCAAUAGACUUGUACGCACCAAUUGGAUCUUCUUUAGACCUUUGGAGCAUCUGGGAUUCCCAAAAGUUCCUCAUGCGUACGCAUAAGUCUUGUUGACGUCAGGGCUUCCCCUUCGUUCCACACGCUUGAAUUCCUCAUCACUUCAUCACUUCUCAUCCCGUUAUCUUCAAACCAAACCCAAAAUGAAGACGCCACGCAGCAACCUUACCAUCCAGAUUCCCUUCCGGAACCGUGCAACGGCUAGCGCGAACAGCACCGCCUGCCCUUCCAGCUCCGCCUCAAGCAGCGGUUCCGUAGUCAGCCAGCUCAUAUCGAAAUUCGAGCUGCGCAACCAGCUGGCAAACAGCUAUGACAAAUUCGAGGAGCGCACAUUCGCCACCCCGAAGUCGCCACGAAAGAUCCACAAGUCGAAGGCCUACGAAAUGUUCGAUGACGCACUGCAGAGGAACCUGCCCAGCCCGUCCGAGUACGCCGAAUUCUCGGGGAAUCCGUACACGGGCGAGGAGGCAGAUGCGAUUGUGUAUGGUCAUUGAACUUGCCUACUACUCCGCAUCGUAUUACAAGACCGAUUACGGGAAGCCCCUACUUAGUAGCCGGGAGUUAUGCGAAUGUACCCAUCAGAUCGAGAGGGAUGAGGAUGCGGCAUUUAUGUUCCUCACAUCUAGGGAGCUGGUCGGAGAUCGGGAUAUCGUUGACUCUGCCUAUUCCUUACCAGAUGCCCGCCGUGCGGGGGAAAGGGGUGAUGGGUGGGUGGCGAGUAAAAUUAAGCGGUCCUGUGGUGGGUCGGCCGAGGGAAGUGAUUAGUUCGCAG